CUGCAACCGAUUUUCUCUUCUGCAAAAUCCCCACUCCCACUCUCGAAUUCUUCUUUCUUUCUUUCUCUGAUUAUUUCAUUGGCACAUGGGGUUUGAUUCAUCAGUCUUGUUGUAAUCAUAUUAGCCAUCUCCUUUCUCUCCCUCCACCUCCUUUUUCCACACCCAAUUCCUCUCUCUAAAACCCCUUCUCUGCAACCAUGGCCCUUUACUAUUAUUAGCAAGUUCCAGCAGCAGAGGAGAAACAGGGCGUGGGUUAUUAGUAAUUAAUCAGGUGGGGUUUGGUUUGGUUUGAAAUUGAAUGGGCGGUGAGCAGAAAUGGGGCGCCAUAGCCCCUGCGCUUCCGGCGGUGUCCCCGUUAAACCCAGAAAGAGAGGAGUACUGGACCCGUUUUGAUGAUUCGGUCAAUGCGGUGUCGUUUGGGUUCGUGGCCACGGCCAUUCUCAUCUCUAUGUUCCUUGUCAUGGCGAUCUUUGAGAGGUUUCUCAGACCCAGGUCGCCGCCGGCCAUCGGCCGGCCGCCUUCCGAUCUUGAAGCCCAGAUGGUGUUCGACGGAAAGCCCCGUUACCCAUCUCCUAAGAUGACAGUUUACGCCCGGGGAGUAUCGGUAUUGAUGCCCGGUGAGGAAGUUCCUACCUACAUAGCUCACCCUGCUCCUGCACCUUGUCCUCGGGAGCCCAUUUUGAAGCCUGUCCACCAACAUAAAUUGAGCAUCAGUAGCAUCAGUCCAUCCUCAAGCUCCAACACCAGUUGACCUGAAAAAUAACACCAUUAUAGAACACGGGUCUCAUUCUGACUUGCAACUUGACAUUCUAAAGUUGAGAACAUGGUGAAAGUCACAUCAAACUUCAGUCUCUAACUUGCAAUAUUAUUGUAGAGCCUUGUAGGUUAUAUUUGAUGAUGUGGAUUUGGGGCCUUCUCCAGACCCCACCAAAUUAAAGAGAGGAUGAAAAUGAAUGAUUGUUGCAAGCUGGGUCAGCUCCUGUAAUCCAUGAUUAGUACCCUGAUUGUUAUGUUCACAAUGAAUCCCAUGCCUCUUUCACUGA